GUGGCGCCGGGGGGCGGUGGUAAACAACGGUGUGGAGCGGGCCCCGGUACCGGUACCGGCACCAGCACCAGCACCGGCCCGGCUCCGGGGAUGCGGGCCACGCUCACCUGGCGCGACAAGGCCGAGCAGUGUAUUUAUGAUCUCGCCUUCAGGCCGGAUGGUGCUCAGCUGAUAAUUGCUGCAGGGAACAGGCUGCUGGUGUAUGAUACUUCUGAUGGAACCUUAAUUCAGCCCUUGAAGGGACAUAAGGACACUGUAUACUGUGUGGCUUAUGCUAAAGAUGGCAAACGUUUCGCAUCUGGCUCUGCUGAUAAAAGUGUGAUAAUUUGGACUUCAAAGUUAGAGGGAAUUCUGAAAUACACGCAUAAUGACUCCAUACAGUGCGUUUCGUACAAUCCUCUUACUCACCAGCUGGCAUCCUGCUCCUCCAGUGAUUUUGGCUUGUGGUCCCCUGAACAGAAGUCAGUCUCUAAACAUAAAACCAGCAGUAAGAUUACUUGCUGUAGCUGGACAAAUGAUGGCCAGUACCUGGCACUGGGGAUGUUCAAUGGCAUUGUCAGCAUACGGAACAAAAAUGGUGAUGAGAAGGUGAAAAUAGAGCGCCCAGGGGGUGCUUCAUCUCCUGUAUGGUCAAUUUGUUGGAAUCCAUCCAGAGAUGAACGCAAUGAUAUUUUAGCUGUGGCUGACUGGGGUCAGAAACUUUCCUUUUACCAGCUUAGUGGCAAACAGGUUGGGAAAGACAGAGUGCUCAAUUUUGAUCCUUGCUGUGUAAGCUAUUUUACUAAAGGAGAGUAUAUUUUACUGGGAGGUUCAGACAAGCAAGUUUCCCUCUUCACCAAGGACGGCGUGCGUCUUGGUACCAUAGGAGAGCAGAGCAGCUGGGUGUGGACAUGCAGAGCUAAACCAGACUCCAACUACGUGGCAGUGGGAUGCCAAGAUGGAACAAUAUCCUUCUACCAGUUGAUUUUCAGCACUGUUCAUGGCCUGUACAAAGAUCGCUAUGCUUACAGAGACAGCAUGACUGAUGUCAUUGUCCAGCACCUCAUCACUGAGCAGAAAGUUAGAAUAAAAGGCAGAGAGCUCGUAAAGAAAAUUGCAAUCUACAAAAACAGAUUAGCAAUCCAGAUGCCAGAGAAAAUCUUGAUUUUUGAGUUAUACUCGGAUGAUUCUUCAGAUAUGUAUUAUCGGGUGAAGGAGAAGAUAGCAAAAAAAUUUGAAUGUAACUUGCUGGUUGUGUGUUCAGAUCACAUUAUUUUAUGCCAGGAGAAAAGACUGCAGUGCCUGUCAUUCAGUGGUGUUAAAGAACGAGAAUGGGUGAUGGAAUCUCUUAUUCGUUACAUUAAAGUAAUUGGAGGGCCUCCAGGAAGAGAAGGCCUCUUAGUUGGUCUAAAGAAUGGUCAGAUUCUGAAGAUCUUUGUGGAUAAUGCCUUUGCCAUCGUUCUGCUGAAGCAAUCCACAGCUGUGCGCUGCCUGGACAUGAGUGCAUCCCGCAACAAGCUGGCAGUGGUUGAUGAAAAUGAUACCUGUCUGGUGUAUGAUAUUCAUACCAAGGAGCUGUUGUUUCAGGAACCCAAUGCUAAUAGUGUAGCUUGGAAUACACAAUGUGAGGAUAUGCUUUGCUUUUCUGGAGGGGGUUACCUCAAUAUCAAAGCCAGCAACUUCCCUGUCCAUCAGCAAAAACUUCAAGGCUUUGUAGUGGGUUACAUCGGCUCCAGGAUCUUCUGUCUUCAUGUUUUUUCUAUGUCGGCUGUUGAAGUUCCGCAGUCUGCACCCAUGUAUCAGUAUUUGGAACGAAAAAUGUUUAAAGAAGCCUAUCAAAUUGCAUGUUUAGGAGUAACUCAGACUGACUGGAAAGAAUUGGCCAUGGAAGCCUUAGAAGGGCUGGAGUUUGAAACUGCUAAAAAGGCAUUUACCAGGGUACGAGACCUUAGGUACUUAGAAUUGAUCAGCAGCAUAGAGGAGCGGAAGAAGCAUGGAGAGAGCAACAAUGAUCUGUUUCUAGCAGAUGUUUAUGCCUACCAGGGAAAAUUCCACGAGGCAGCAAGGCUGUACAAAAAGAGUGGACAUGAAAACCUAGCUCUGGAGAUGUACUCUGAUUUACGUAUGUUUGACUAUGCAAAGGAUUUUCUGGGAUCUGGAGACCCCAAAGGCACAAAGAUGCUAAUAAAAAAGCAAGCAGAUUGGGCCAAGAACAUCAAUGAGCCAAGGGCAGCAGUGGAGAUGUACCUCUCUGCAGGAGAGCACAUGAAGGCCAUAGAAAUCAGUGGGGACCAUGGCUGGGUUCAUAAGCUAAUUGAAAUUGCUCGGAAACUGGAUAAAGCUGAGCGUGAGCCUUUGUCAAAGUGUGCCUUCUAUUUUAAGAAACUUGAUAACCCUGGCUAUGCAGCAGAAACCUACAUGAAGAUUGGUGACCUGGAAGCAUUGGUCCAUCUCCAUGUGGAGACUCAUCGCUGGGAAGAAGCAUUUGCUUUGAGUGAGAAGCAUCCUGAAUUCAAAGAUGAUGUCUAUGUUCCUUAUGCUCAGUGGCUGGCAGAGAAUGAUAGAUUUGAAGAGGCUCAGAAAGCGUUUCACAAGGCUGGCAGGCAGAGUGAAGCUGUGAGAGUGCUGGAGCAGCUAACACACAAUGCUGUGGCUGAAAGCAGGUUUAAUGAUGCAGCCUAUUAUUACUGGAUGCUUUCCAUGCAGUGUUUAGAUAUAGCCCAAGAGAAUGAAGAACAGAAGACUGAAAUGUUACAGAAGUUUCAUCACUUCCAGCAUUUGGCAGAAGUUUACCAUGUCUAUCACUCCAUUCACAGAUACACUGAGGAGCCUUUCAGUUCCCACUUGCCCGAAACCCUCUUCAAUAUUUCCAGGUUCCUGCUUCACAGCUUAACAAAGGAGACUCCUUUGGGGAUCUCAAAAGUCAAAACAUUAUUUGCCCUGGCAAAACAGAGUAAAGCUCUUGGUGCAUAUAAACUGGCUCGUCAUGCCUAUGACAAGUUGCAGGGACUGCAGAUCCCAGCCAGGUUCCAGAAAUCAAUCGAGCUGGGCAGCCUGACGAUCCGAUCCAAGCCAUUCCAUGACAGCGAGGAGCUUGUGCCCUUGUGUUACAGGUGCUCUACCAACAACCCUCUGCUAAAUAACUUGGGGAACGUCUGCAUUAACUGCAGGCAGCCUUUUGUCUUCUCCGCUUCCUCCUACGAAGUGCUGCAUCUAGUCGAGUUCUAUCUGGAAGAUGGCAUCACAGAUGAAGAAGCUGUAGCUCUGAUUGAUCUUGAAGCUCCAAGAUCAAAUAAAAAAGAGAAUAAGUGGCAAGAGAUGAUGAGUGACCAUGCACAGACUUUGAGGCUUGAUGACAAUACAGAUAUCAUUGAAGAUGAUCCCUUUACAGCAAAGCUAAGCUUUGAGCAAGGAGGCUUAGAAUUUGUUCCAGUGGUGGUGAAUCGUGCUGUUCUCCUGUCCAUGAGCCGGAGGGAUGUCCUGAUCAGACGCUGGCCCAAGCCCUUGCGCUGGCAGUACUACCGCUCCCUCCUGCCAGAUGCCUCCAUUACCAUCUGCCCCUCAUGUUUUCAGAUGUUUCACACAGAAGACUAUGAGCUUCUCAUACUCCAGCAUAAUUGUUGCCCAUUCUGUCGACGGAGAAUAGAUGACUCAAACCAAUGAAGAAAAACAGUCUUAUACUUCAACUGACAGACUUCCCCCUUGGCUUGGCCAGGACACUUCUUAGAUUCACAGUUUUCCAAAUAAUUUAGUUGUCAUCUAGUUCCAGUUUGUACAUAGAAGUGGAACUGAGUUGAAGAAAUAUACCUAUUUUUUUAAAAUUAAAAUAUCUGUUGUUUGUGAACUUCCUCUACAUUUCCAGGCAGCCAGCUGUGGUGCCACAGGGUUUUACUGGCAUGUUUCUAGGGGUUUCUGGGGUCACAUUCAUCUUUGAAGUAAUUGUUAUUUCUACUCCAACUCCUGUUGGAACUUAGUAUGUACCCAUUAUUGAUAGAUCUUCAAAUAAACGGGUCUGGUUUU